AUGGAAAAGAAGAUUGGCACUUUCCCUAUUCCAAGGCAAGCCCCAUUGAUUUCUCAUCUUCUAUAUGCCGAUGAUAUUGUCAUUUUUGCUAAUGGGGGUUCCUUUUCGGUGCGGAAAAUUUCAAAGUCUCUUCAGCUCUAUGAACGAUGGUCUGGGCAAAAGGUUAGUUCCUCAAAGUCUUCUAUCAUUUUUUCGAACCACAUUGCAAUUAACCAAAGACAGAGAUUAUUGAGAAUUUUGGGUUUCGUGGAAGGAAAACUUCCAUUUAAGUAUUUAGGCGUGCCAAUUUUAGCUGGUAGAUUGAAAGCAGUGCAUCUUGAAGACAUUGUUGGUAAAAUUAAAGAUAGAAUCGAGGGAUUGCAAAAUAAAAUACUACCCAAUGGAUCGAGGGUGAUACUUUUGCGCCAGGAUGGGAAACUAAGAAAAUAUUGGAAGUCUUGGGAACAAUUGUGUCUCCUGACAUCCGAAGGUGGCAUGGGCUUUCGUAAUUUGCAGGAUGUGCAAAAGACAUUAUUUAUGAAGUUUGCAUGGAAAUUACUAAUGGAAGAUUCGCUUUGGUCACAAUUUUUCAAAGCGAAGUAUAUGCGAGAUCGGCAUGUUUCCUUGUUACCGCAGGGAAAAGGUACGAGGUUCUGGAAGAAGGUGCAUUUAUGUCUUCCAGAGGUUCUGAGCAAGUCCAAAUGGAAACUACGUAGGGAAAAUGCCUCCUUUUGGUGGGAUAGAUGGAUGGAUGAUGGGCCAAUCGGUGCGUCGCAUGGAAAUGUAGUUAGUCUGGAUAUGAAGGUGACAGAAUGCUGGGUAGAUAAUGAAUGGGAUGAGGAUAUGUUGAUUCGAUUAAUUGGGGAGGAAAAAACUCGUGAGGUUAUAAGGGUAUUACAUAAACGACCUGAGGGGGCUGAUGUGUUAGUAUGGUUAGAGACUAAAACAAGGCAGUUCACAGCACAGAGUGCAUGGAAUUGUGUACGAGUUCGGGCUCCUAAAGUCAGAUGCCAUUCUCGGGCAGAAGGGAAAAGCGAGUCUGUUAGUCAGAUUUGGAUGCAGCUGAAGCACUGGGUUGUAAAAAUUGGAGAGAAAUUAAAAACAACAAACCAACAGUCGAGCAGAGAUAUACAAAUUCUACAGGAACUGCAGGUUCCAGUUACUGUUCCGAAGAGGAGAUGUCCUCGCUUGGUUAGUUGGUUUCGACCGGACGAAAGAAGAUGGAAGAUGAAUGUUGAUGGAGCGUCGAAGGGAAAUCCAGGGCCAGCAGGAGCAGGGGGAGUUUUGAGGGAUUCGGCUGGGAACGUGAAAAUGUUGGUGAAGAAACAAGGCAUAGUGGAUUUUGAGGUUGAACUUGACUCUUGGGAAGGGAAUAAAGCGGCAGACUUCCUAGCUCGUUUAGGGGCGGAAGGCCGGAAUGGGAAGUGGUGGUCGUCACAGGAGAUACCUCCUCUGCUGAGAGGAAUUCUAAGGCUUGACAAAAUUGGCUUCCCUUCUAUCCAUAUGUAG